AUGGCGCCGAUUUCGCGGCGCGUGGCGGCCUGUGUUGCGGUGCUGGCGAUGGUGGGCAUGGAGGCGGGGGUGGCGUUGGGAGGGUCGAGGAUCGGAGGCAUAGGCGCAAUGGGCGUGAGCGCCGGGAGGAGGCUGCUCCAGGACCGGCUCAUGCCAUGGGCUAUGCGCGUGGCGACAUGUGCGCAGCUGCGCGAGGCGCUGCAGUGGGAGGGCCUGCCGAGGGUCAUCGUCAUGGCGCCGAUCGCCUGCGCCGCGGACGAGUGGCCGGAGGCGGUAGUCGUAUCCUGGGACGUCGAGAUAAUGGGCGCGUCGGCGUGGGAGAUGAACCGGCUGGGCGAUGCGGCCCUGAACGCGUCAAUCGACUGGUCGGCCGUGGGCACGGCGGUGGUAGUCACGGGGGGCGCGGAGCUGAAGGUCCACAGCCUGAUUCUGCGCCAGAAAGAGUUGAGCGUGGAGAUCCCCGAAUUUAGGCUGGCUCAGGGCAGCGGGGUGUAUUCUGGACUGGCCGUGUCCGCGGCGUCGUGUUCGGGCAGAGCGGAGGGGUACGUGGAUGCGGUGUACGGGUGGGUGCGCCCCGUUGUCUUCGGGGGGAGGCAGAGGGCGAGGGCGGUGGGUGCCGGGGCGUUGCUGGUGGAGGACGGCGCCAAGUACGGCGGCAAUCUGGACAGGAGCACGACGCGGCUGUGCGCCUCCGCGUUCUCCUGCCCGGACAGCGAUUUGGAUAUCCAGGAGCUCUUUGAGAGCGACUACGUCGACAGUGAGUGCCCGGCAACGGACGGGGGCAACUAG